AUGCUCUUCUCAACUCUCGCCGUUGCUGCCCUCUCCGCCGUCGCCAGCGCAAAGACGAUCCGCGUCGACGUCGGCAAGAGCGGCCUCAGCUUCUCCCCCAACGACAUCAAGGCGGACAAGGGCGACGUUCUAGAGUUCCAUUACCACGCCAUUAACCACUCCGUUGUUGCUGCCGACUUUGCAAAGCCGUGCCAGCCCAAGGCCUCGGGCGGCUUCUACUCGGGCUUCUUCCCUACCUCGUCCGGCGAGAACAAAAACGUCUUCCAGGUCACGGUCAACGACACCACCCCCAUCUGGUUCUACUGCUCCCAGACCGUCGGCAACCACUGCAGCGCCGGCAUGGUCGGCGCCGUCAACGCAAACGCCGACAAGACGCUGGCCAUGUUCAAGUCUGCCGCCGAGAAGGAGAGCUCCAACCAGUCCCCCAGCAGCGGACCCUUUGGCGGCCGCAUCCUGUCCGCCUCGGCCGCCACCCAGUCCAGCGGCAGCAGCACCACUACCACUGGCUCUCCUUCUGCUGCGACCACCACCAACGCUGCCGCCGCUCUUGGCUCCGUCGGCGGCAUGGCUCUGGCCGUUGUUGGUGCUGCCGUUGCGUUUGCCGUCUAA